CUUUUUGAAUCCCACAUCCUUCGACUCUCGGGGUCCCGUCAACCCCCACCACCACCGCCGAGAUGGCGAAACCGUUCUCCGUCCCCCCGGUGGUCUUCCUGUCCUCCGCCGUCCAACGCCGCUCUCCCCCGCGUCCCGCUAACCCUGGUCUCCCCUUCAUGUCCUUCGACCUCGGACCCGCCCCGUCCUCCUCAUCCUUCUCCGCCCCCGUCCCUGGGUCCUUCGAGGACGAGCCGCCCCUCCUCGAAGAACUCGGCAUCGACACUCGCCAGAUCUGGCGCAAGACGUCCUCGAUCCUGAAUCCACUCCGCGUGGACGCUCAUCUCCACGACGACGCCGAUCUCUCCGGCCCCUUCUUCUUCCUGAUGCUCUUCGGUCUCUUCCAACUCCUCGCCGGGAAAUUACACUUGGGGGUCAUCUUGGGCUGGGUCACCAUCGCCACCCUGUUUCUUUACUCGGUCUUCAACCUGCUGGCCGGAAGGUCAGGGAACUUGGAUCUGCAUCGGUGCUUGAGCCUGGUUGGGUACUGUAUGCUACCGAUGGCGAUCUUUUCGGCGGCGUCGCUUUUUGUUCCGCGUGGUGGUGUGACGAUCCUUGCGAUGGCCGCGGUGUUCGUGCUGUGGUCGACGAGGGCGUGCACGGGGCUCCUGGUGGAGUCGGCAUCGUGUGGCGAUGAGCUCCGUGGGCUGGUAGCGUACGCCUGCUGUGUUGUUUACGCCGUCUUCUCUCUGCUUGUCAUCUUUUGAUUUCCGGUGCGACCUGAGGGGAUUCCAGUGUUCUCUUUUGCUUAAUAAUUUGUAUUUAUUUAUAUUGGUCAUAUCUCUUCUUUUUUUUCUAAGUCAAUUUUAAUUCCAGUAUAAUUUUAUUUAUACUGUAAUUAAAAAUUAUGUUGGCCUUCUUGCUUUAAUCAGACUUAUUAGUUUAGCUGAUGUUAUAAAAAUGAGAUAUUUUAACAUUUUUA